UGCUGUCGUUUAAUAGCAGCCUCGGUUUGAGUCGCUGGAUCUUCAGUCUCUCAUCUUUCUCUGCACAAUUCUCCGUCGUUUCUUUAUAAGGUUUGGAUCAAGUCUGUCUACUGAUCGUAGCAGCACAGAAGCCUUCACUUUCGGAUAAGACUUGGCGCGUGCCCAAACAUACUUAAAGUAUCAAUACCUUUUUUUAAUCUUUGUGGCAUCACUGUACUGCUACGAGGCAAACCGAGGCUGCUAUUAAAGCAAUGGGGGUCGUGAACACUUCAGCAGAGUCACAGGUUAAUCUCCUCCUCCACUACUGCUGGAUUACUGGAGUACCAGAAUAUAAAACUUUUCAAAAAAAUUGUCAUUAUUUGAGAUGCACCGGUAAAACUUCAAACUGAGCUGUCAGAGGUGCAGCGGGAGCUUUUAUUCAAGUUGAAAGCAAUGUUAUUUUUUGUCACAGUGCAUAAAUAAAAGUUCUCCUGUAGUUUAGGUGGUGACGCUGCAGUGUCAUUUUUCAGUUCUAGUCUCCUUCCUUUUUUCACCUAUUACCUAACUGUGCAACAGGAAACCCACACUAGAGUUUUCACAUCAAUGCUCAGUAAGUCACUCAGACCCAGAGAAACUACCUUCCCAACAGCAUCUGGGCCGUUUCCACCAUGCAGAUGCAUAUUCUGUUUUAUCUCAGCCUAAUAUGGAUACUGCUAUCACAAGACAUCGCAAAAGCUAAUGAUGACCCUCGCUGGAAGAUAAAUGUGACUCAGACCAUACAUGCAACAAAAGGCUCAAAUGUAAUCAUACCCUGCACAUUUGAAAUUCCUCCAGAACAAAAUACAAAUGUUAAAGUUUACUGGAAAACAGACGGGAAAAGCAGGUGCAGUGAGAAGGACAACGACAAGCAGGCAUUUGCUUUUCAUCCUGACAACUCGUGCAUACAUCCACGUUUCCGGAGAAGGACAAACCUGACUGGAGAAGCCAGCAAAGGAAACUGCUCUCUACAAAUCCUCAAUAUUAGGGAAGGUGAACCAUCAAUCUACCUGCGGGUUUCUGGAUGGAGCGUCAGCUACAGUUUCAAAAAGUACCAUGUGUACAUAAAGGUGGACGGACAGAAUUUAAGUUCCCUAAGUCACACAGAUGAUCCCCCAGUUGUGUUUACAACAAUAAGCGCCAUGCCUGAUGUGCAUGACGAUGGCAGAAAGCUGUACCUGGCCAUCUUUUUGCCACUUCUCGGACUUCUCAUCAUUGCUGCAGCUGUGGUAGUCGCUUACAAAAUGCACAAGAGGUCACACAUGAUGAAACGUCAGGAAUCUGGAUAUUAUGCAAACUUCAAACGGACACUGUCAACCCCACGCAAAAGUGAACCAUUGCGUAAAACAUCAAAUACAUUGGUUCCAGAUGCAAAAGUCAUUGAUGAACCUGUUUACAUGAAUCUGGAGACAUCAGCAAAUCAGAUGGACCAACAAGUGGGAACCAUAGACAAUAUUUAUGGAAAUGUGGACUAUACGACUUAGAAAAAAAACAUCUGCUUUCAUCCUAAAUGAUUGUAUUUAGCUUUCAAAUGCAUAUGUGCAAUAAGAAGGAUUAAAAGUGUGUCAACUAGAUUGAGAAGGAUGCACUGGUUUGCAACACAUGCAUGGAAACUCCAAAGUUUAAUGAAAAGGGAACUUUAUUCAGCAAUGUGACCAAUGCAGUUCAGCUAAGAGAUGAACCUUUCCACUCUCACUUGACAAAGCUUCAAUAAUAAUAAUAAAAAAAUCCAGAAUCUCACAAUAUAAAAUGAGCUGACAACAUGGUGUGCUGUGUAGAUUGUAAUGAAUUAUUUGAGUUUUCAAUAAGAACUUUCAAGAACUAAAGUCUGCCACCUUCAGA